AUGAAUGUAACUGUGAAUGGUGCUUUGUGCUGUGGUCAGUUGGCGAUGAGUUUGAUGCAAACAUUCUUCAUGUUUUAUUAUGUCAAAAUAUUCUUGAAUAUUUAUAAAAUUGAUCAAUUUUGGUUUGGUAUGGCGCAAAUGUUAUUUGCUAUUUGGAAUGCUAUUAACGAUCCAUUAUUUGGUUAUGCUCAGGAUGUUAGUACUACAUGGUUUCACUGCCGCACAAAAGUAAUAUCAAUCUUAGGACCGUGUUUAUCGAUAUCAUUUUUGCUUCUAUGGUUUCCAUGGAAUAGCAUGGAUGGGUCAUCACCAUCGUACAUUGUCGGAUGUCAUUUGGUUUUUGGCCUUUUAUUCUAUGAUACCUUCUACAGUUGUGUAAAUGUUGCAUGGAGUGCUUUGUUUGCGGAAACGACGUGCAACAAAUCUGAGCGUAUUUUAGCCUUAAAAUUUUCCCAAUUUGCAAUUCUGCUAUCUGUGAAUAUUGUACCAGUUACUGAGAAGCUAACAAAUGGACUAAAUGAUUUCCGAAUUUUCCAAUGCAUUAGUAUUUUUAUCGCGGUGUUAGCAGUAUUUUGUUUCAAAAUCACCGGAUCAUUGCAUUAUCAAAACAAAUUGCUACAUGAGGAUUUAUCUUCUUCAGCAACAUUGAUGCAGGAUGAAUCUAAGGAAAAAUUUUUGAAUGUUUUCAAAAUAACGAAGCAAAUACUAACAAGACGUGAUUUUCGAACUAUUACUAUAACCUAUUUUCUUCACACGUGCAGGUCAACUGCUCAUUUGAACUUUGCUGCAGUUGCCACUGAAAUAUUCAUCCCACAGCAAGUUAUGGUAAAGGGAUCUUGGAAAAUGACUCUUUUCUAUGCGGCAUGUACACUCACUCCUCAGCUGUUUGUGAUAUUAAGCGGUAAAAUAAUCAUUAGAAUUGGUGUUGCGUCAGUUAUUAUGAAAUCAUUCAUAGCUUCAAUAAUUGCUUCUGUAUUACUUCUAACUUCUGGAUAUAAUCGUCCAUAUUUGAUCAUUUUAUUUAUGUUUUUUGACAGUAUAUCAGUUCAUUCAAUAGCUCCAUUAUAUCAAGUUUUAUUAGCUGAUUAUGUUGACGAAGAUAUGGUUUUCUUUUCAAGACAGAAACCAAUUUCUACUAUUAUAUAUAGCUUAGCUGCUCUGUUAGUCAGGCCAGCUCAAUCUAUUGCUCCCUUUAUUAUCGUAAUGAUUCUUACUCAUUUUGGUUAUAAGGAAUACCAAACGAGCAAUCUGCCAAGUGUGAAACUCAUUGAUGGCAUGUUUUAUGUCGUUUGCUUGACAACUUCGAUAAUUAGUGCCGCGCAGUUACUAAUUUUCUAUCCUUUUACUUUAAAAUGCUCAGUAAAAAAUUCCAAGGGUGAUAUUUUUGUAUAA